CGCCGGAGCCUUUUUACGCUUGGACUCAGGGCCCGGAAGUGGCGAGGACGGGGUCAGCGCUGCGGGGUGAAAUCGGCCAGCCAGAGAAGAUGCUGCUGGACCUGUCGGAGGAGCACAAGGAGCACCUGGCCUUCCUGCCGCAAGUGGACAGCGCGGUGGUCGCUGAGUUUGGGCGAAUUGCGGUGGAGUUCCUGAGGCGUGGCUCUAACCCCAAGAUCUACGAAGGCGCUGCGAGUAAGAAGGGGGGAGGCACAGCGCUGAAAACUGCGCGGAGAAGAAAACUCAGCGUGAGUAGUGACACUGUCCAACAUGGUGUGGAAGGAUUAAUACACCUCCUCACUGAAAGUUCGAAGCUCAUGAUUUCUGAACUGGAUUUCCAAGACUCUGUUUUUGUUCUUGGAUUCUCUGAGGAAUUGAACAAAUUGUUGCUUCAGCUUUAUCUGGACAACAGAAAAGAGAUCAGAACUAUCCUGAGUGAAUUGGCACCAGACCUUCCCAGUUACCACAGCCUUGAAUGGCGACUAGAUGUACAGGAGAGCCCAGCAGGAAACAGAGGCCAGUGGAAGAAAAGCACAAUUGAUAUUGCCACCCAUCAUCCCCCUGCAGGCAUCUGGGUCACCCUUUUCCCAUACAUAUAUGUUCUGCAGUUGCAAAAUAACUGUAAUAUCAGAUAUUAGCAAACUAUAAUCAGAUAAUUUUUAAUUAUAGUGAUAACUUGAUUAAUGAAGCUUUCAUAUUAACAACCUCACAAACAAAAGGAAACUUGAUAUAUUACGUGAAAUAGUAGCAUAUGUCAUCAGGUUUAAAAGCAACAUGACUGCCAAGCUUAUAUGAUGAAAAUAGCUCUGUGAGGCUUCUUCUUUGUCCGCAUUUGGUGGGAGAUAAGCAGGGCUGACUCCAGCCAAGAUUGAAAUAAUAUCCCUGUGUCUCCUUAGGGCAACCUUUCUUCUUCCUCUGCAUCCACUGUUCUUACCCCAAGCAAAACAACAAAGCACAUGUUAGUCUUUUUUUAUUUGUAUCAAACGCCCCUGGUCUCCUCUGGCUGUACUUUGUUAUUCUUUCUGAUGUUCUGCCUUCUUUGCCUUUUUUGGGCCAGAGCGUUGGGAGCGGUCUCCUAACUUCCUUUUGAACCUGGGACUCACCUUUUUUUCCACAGACCAUCUAAUGAGCCUCUUCCUUUCCUUGUCUGGACGCUCCACACCCUUAUGCAUUCCUCUGCCUUGCUUGUUUUAUGGCACAUUUGAUUUUUUUGUAACUUGUAUAUGAACGUAUUUUCUGCAGAUGCAGUCACUAUUCUACUCUCCUAUGUGACCAGGUUUCUUGCCUCUGGGAUGUGCCUUUCCAUCUGUAACUGUCUAAAUGUUUGUUAAAACAUUUUGGGUUACGAGUAUGCUGAUUUUUUAGGAUUUUCUGAUGCAUGUUUAGACAAGCGUAACAGCUUUUAUGUCUCAAAGCCAGAAUAGUAACAUCUCGUCUCUCAGAACAGAGCUGUGAGUAGGAAAUAAUCAAUAUGUAUAAUCGCAAAGUCUACAUAUACUUCACCCAUUGGAAGUCUCUUUUGUGUUUCACAAAAUUCCAUGAGCUUGUUUUGUUAUUGAUGUUUCCAAGCUUAGGUAAAUAUAAAGCAGCAAACUAGAAAAGUGGUGGGGAUACCAUAAGAAGAAAAUAUACUUCUUUGAAAACUGAAAAGUGAGACCCUGAUACCAAGGAAAGUUUGAAAAAUCAUUAAGUGUGUGUAAGGGAUGCAUGUGUGGGAGCCCUUAAAAUUUAUAGCAGUAUGUGGCCCUUUAGUAUAUAAUCCUAUGAGAAGGUUAAGAGGUCAGUCUUUGGAACUGGACAAAAGGGUUUGAAUUUUAGGCUCUGUGGCUUCUUUGGGGUCCUUGAUAAAUUCCCAAAGCCUUGUUUUCUUCAUCUUUAAAAUAGGAGUAAUAACACCUAUCUCAUUGGCUUGUAGAGACCAAGUGAGACCACAUAUAUACAAUGUUUAGCAUAGUAUUGGGCUUUAGAAAAUACUUGCGUAGACUGAGGAUCUCAUUAUUUUGUAGCCUUGAAUUCUGUCUCAUAUACUCUAAGAAAGAAAAUGUUACCUGAUUUCUAUACUGAGUUUGAAUAACUCAUAUUUAAAAAAUUUUUUUGAAGUCUAAAAGAAGAAAAAAGAUCAGGGAAUUUAAAUACAUUUUUAGUAGUACCUUUAUCGAAAAUUUUAAUUCUUAGAAUGAUAUAACUCUCCAGAAAACUCAGCUAUUCAAAACUGCCUAGUCCCCAUAGGACUCAGGUAGACAAGCUGAGGGUUUUACCUAUAGGCUUGGUCUAGAGUCCCUUUUUUCUGUCUUUUUUUCUCCGCACCAGUGAAAGAAGCAUGGGAAUCUCAAGAUACUAGCUAAGCCAGGUCUCUUUUUAUAGGUAAUAUAUCUAAAUGGAGUUGUUUUUAAUCUCCAGGAGAAAACACAUAAUACUUCUUUGUAGUUUCUCACAGCCUUCAUGGUCAGGAAGAUCUGUCAGCUGCUGUAUAAAAUCUUCCUGCUAUAAUGUAUGCACUCUUCUCUGUACUUUUUUAAUAUAUGUUUAAGUCUCUCUUUAGCUUACCCUUCCACAGUUUCCAUAGUAAUAGGUUACUGUCAUCCCUUUUCCCUUCUUUCAUUAAUGGUAGAAAAUAUUUUGGUAAAAAUGGUAUCAUACUACAUUGCCUCUAGUUUAAAUAUAUUCGUUUUUAAAACCACCAUGACCGUUAUGUUCAAACCUAAAUACUUUCCUUAAAAACAAAACAAGCGGGCUUCCCUGGUGGCGCAGUGGUUGGGAGUCUGCCUGCUAAUGCAGGGGACGCGGGUUCGAGCCCUGGUCUGGGAAGAUCCCACAUGCCGCGGAGCGGCUGGGCCCGUGAGCCACAAUUACUGAGCCUGCGCGUCUGGAGCUGUGCUCCGCAACAGGAGGGGCCGCGAUAGUGAGAGGCCCGCGCACCGUGAUGAGGAGUGGCCCCCGCUUGCCACAACUAGAGAAGGCCCUAGCACAGAAACGAAGACCCAACAUAGCAAUCAAUCAAUUAAUCAAUAAAAAAAUAAAUCUUUAAAAAAAAAAAAAAAAAAAAAAAAACAAGCAAGCCCAGCUUCACCAUUAAUGUGGUUACUUCAGUGAGCUUUACAAACUUAAAGAGCAAUGUUUUAAUUAUAAAAGCAGAAGAAACCCAUUAUUUCUCAGCUUUGCAAAAUAGUAUGUACUAUUUCGAGAUGAGAAAACGAUGUACUUUAUGGCAAUAAAAUAUAUAUAUUUAGUGAUUCAAUCACCGAAUACUAAUGGCUCUUUGUUUUAUGUUUGUAUAGCUCCAGUCCUCUCUGCUCAGGAACUCAAAUGACUUAAUUAUGUUUGGUAGCCACGAGUCCAUAAGAUUCUACUUACCAUAAUGGGGAAAUAUAGGAAAAGUAAUUUUAUUUCCUUAAUGGACCUAAAGUAAAAAGGAGCAUCAGGAAUACAAAUAUCCGCAUUAAUGUAUUCUGAAACUUGGCUUCUACUCAGGUUGUUGCCGUUUUAAACCCAAUGAACUUUUUAUAAGAUAAAUUUUUUAAUAAUUAUAGUGUAAAUUAUGUUAUCAUUAGAAAUAUUGCUAAUUAUGUGGCUAUCAGAGUGGGAGGCCAUGCACUUUUAUUAUACUUGCACCUAAAUUGAUGUUUUUUAGUUGCAAAGACUGCAAUUUUCAUUUUCCUCUCCUGCAGUUACCAUAUCUUCUGCAGAACAGUCUGCCCAACCAUCAACUAAAAAGAGAGGCAACGCCAAGAAAAGGAUUUUUGCCCUUUCUCACAAACCAUGUGAGAGCUUUUACCUCUUUUAUUCUUAAUUUUUCUUACUCUUUACUCUUUCACUUUGAGCUAUAAUCCACCCAUUUAUGUAUGGCAUGGUACUGAUAGGAAAACAAAGCAAAUUUUAAAACCUUUCCUAGCUCUUCUUUUUUUUUUUACAAAGGUACUGACUUCAAUGCAUUAAAUAUUUAUUAAAUACUCAGAAUGACCCAUGUUGUGUGUCGAACAAAGGGUGAAGUCCUAAAGUUUAGAAUGCUCUCAGGCCAUUCCAUCCUUGAAAAUAGUUUAAUUCAUAAACUCAUCAGGCUGCAGAAAGGAGUAUCCUAAGGGGGCUAUUCUGAAGAAGGGAAGGGAAGCUGUCUUUUUGGAACCACUUUUCCUUGAAACUCCACCUUCUUCUGGAAAGCAAAACUCUUAAUAUGGCUAAGAGUUGGCUAGAGCUGUAGAAAUGUACAGAGGAAAGGACAGGUCGCUACAGAAUACUGUGGUGUACUUGGACAUGGUUUGGAUGACAGAAAUUAUCUUUACCCCUUUUCCACUGAAGAGGGGUUCCCUGAGGUAACCAGAGGUGUGAUGGGAAAAGCAAAUUGAGUUUUUUUAAUACCUGCAUGCCAAUGUUGUGAUUGUCAUAAAUCCAAUGAGAAGUGGAUGCCUGUGGUUUUGAAGGAAUGUGCUUAGUUCACAGAACGAAAAGGCUUCUCAGUUAACUCAAAGGCUAAAAACACACAGAUUAAAAUUCAGAGAAUGAGGAAAAGAAAAUCCAGGGAAGUCUUUGAGUUUCAUUGGAACAAGUAUAGAUGGUUAGGAUUUGGUUUCCUGGCAUGGUCUGCAAACCAUAAGCUUUUACUCCAAAUAAAUAAAAAGUUCUUACAAGGCUCAAGUGAGUGUAAGUGCUGCAACAUAAUAAAAUUACUUGAUUUGCAGCUAGGCUGUUGUAACAAUGCAUAGACUAAAAGAACUAAAAAAAGGUUGUAGACGAUGUUUUGAGUACCUAAAAAAAAUAAAUGAGCGAGUCACCAUAUACUUUCCAAAAAGGCGAAGAUGAUUUGUCUCACAAUAUAAGCUAUGUAAUUAAAAGCUUUUUUUUUUUAACGUUUAGACCCUUAAGGGUGUAAUUAUGGGGUAUUCUUUCCUAUGCUUUUUUGUUCCACUCUUUGCUUAGACAUAAAAACCAAAUUCCGUGCCUUUCUUCGGCCCUUAGAACGAUUUCUUUUCAUGCCAAAUCUCUUAAGCCUCCUCCCUCCCAUUUUAAAAAAAUUUUUUUGAGAAAUAAUUCACAUAACAUAAAAUUCACCCUUUCAAAAUGCAAUUCAGUGGGUUUUAGAAUAUUCACAAAGUUGUGCAACUGUCACCAGUAUCUGAUUACAGAACGUUUCAUCACUCUAGAAAGAAACCCAUAUCCAUUAGCAGUCCCUCUCCCUUUCCUCCUCCCUCCAGCCCCUGGCAACCACUCAUCUGCUUUCUGUGGAUUUGCCUCUUCUGGACACUUCAUCGAAGUCGAAUUAUACAAUAUAUGGCUUUUUGUGUCUGGCUUCUUUCACUUAGCAUGGUGUUUUCAAGGUUCAUGUUGUAUGUAGCAUGUAUCAGUACUUUAUGCAUUUUUUAUGACUGAAUAAUAUUUCAUUGUAUGCAUAUGCCUUUGCUUUUUCCUGUAUUUGAGUCUUAUUCCUGGUCUCCCUAUGGAAUUAAUCUGUUGCAUUUUAUUUUAUAAUGUUUGUAAAAGAACCUCUGACAGAUUCAGUAAUGUAUUUUCUACAAUGAUGGCUUUUUAAAAUUACCUUCCCAGGUACAAGUUAGAAAAGUCUGAGAGCAUUUUCUUCCUAGCCAGUUAUUAGUAGAGUUAUUUUCCAGUGAACUGAGCAUUUUAUUUCUAGCCUAAUUCAAAAGUUAUACCAGGGGGCUUCCCUGGUGGCACAGUGGUUAUGAAUCUGCCUGCCAGUGCAGGGGACACGGGUUCGAACCCUGGUCCGGGAAGAUCCCACAUGCUGCGGAGGAACUCGGCCCGUGCACCACAACUACUGAGCCUGCGCUCUAGAGACUGCAAGCCACAACUGUUGAGCCCGUGUGCCACAGCUACUGAGCCCGCGCGCCUGGAGCCCGAGCUCUGCAACAAGAGAAGCCAACGCAAUGAGAAGCCCAUGCACCGCAACCAAGAGUAGCCCCUGCUCGCCGCAGCUAGAGAAAUAGAGAAAGCCUGUACACAGCAACAAAGACCCAAUGAAGCCAUAAAUAAAUAAAUUUUGGGUUUUUUUUUUAAAGACAGUGGAUUUAAAAAAAAAAAAAAAGUUAUACCAGGUAGGGAGCUAGUUGGCCAAACUGUUGAAGGGACUCAGCCGAGUCAGCUCCAAAGAAAAUGAGAUUCGUAUUAUAUCCUUUUUAAUUUUAAUUUAGAAGAUUUCCAACUAAAAUGAGGGAUGUUCUGUGGG